ACCGGUUCAAUCCCAGCGCUGGAACAGUUAGAGACGGAGUGGGACUUGCUGUAAAGACUUGUUCACAGAUGUGUGGCGCUAAGCGGGAGCCCGCGUCGAGUCUGUGUGACUUCUGUCCAGAGGGAAUGGUCGAGUCCAGUUAACUCCAGUGUGUGUGAUGGCAGAGCUCCCGUCUGGACUGCUGGAGGCAUGCGUCGUGGUCGGAGCACCCAGUGAUAAGCUUCGAGACAUAUACCAGCUUCAUCUGCAGAGUAAGUCAGAUGAAAUCCCCCUGUUGGAUGCAGAGGUACUGCAGGUCCACGCCCCGCCAUUUGUUUCCAAGGAGACCAACUCCAGCCAGUUCAUUGGACCAGCUUUCAGUCGUGUCCAGAGGAGGAAGAGCUUUAUCAAAAAGAAGAGGCGAGACCGUGCUGCAGAGGAGUCGCAUGACGGAGAGACAAGCAAUUGUACUGAAGCGUCCUCAGCAACAGAGGACAUCAGUGUUCCAAAGGAUCUGGACCUCAUCGCGUUGCCACAGCUCUGUUUCCCUGGUGGUCUUCAGUUAGCCAAUGAGCAGAGAGAAGACAGUUAUCACUUCCUGGUUUUUACCGACCUGUUUGGGAACCGAUCCCAUGGAGUUGUCGUGCAAUACUACAGAGCUCUGCAGUCCUGUCAGGAAGGUGAUAUCCAUAAUGGCCUCAGGGGGAGUUCGUCAAAGUGCCGCCUCUAUACACCUUUUGCUGUGUGUAUCAUCUCCAAGUUCCGCUAUUACAACGCUCUGAAAGACUGCUUGUCAUGCCUCCUGGUCCUGUUGCGGCCUACGAGACAAGCUGACUUUGAGGAGACCAUAAAGGAAUUUUCUGCCAAGCUGUCCCUGGUCCCUCUACCGCCACCUGGACAGCUACAUGUGUCCUUCAACCUCCGUCCCAUCCACGUGAUUCUUCCAUCAAGGGAGGAUAAGGACAGUCCUAUUAUCGACAUCGACCUGCAUCUUCCUUUCCUCUGUUUCUCGCACACAACGCUGCUCCAGGUGCUUUCCUUCCUCCUUCAAGAGCAGAGGGUGGUAUUAUUCUCUGCUGACUGGGCCAGACUCACUCUGGUAGCGGAGAGUUUGCUGCUGUACCUGCAGCCUCUGACCUGGCAGCAGCCUUAUGUUCCUGUCCUGGCGAGAGGAAUGCUGGACUUCCUCAUGGCUCCCACAGCCUUCCUGAUGGGCUGCCACAUCAGUCAUUUCGACGAGGUCGCCGCAGAGACAGAGGAGCUAAUUCUGGUGAAUGUUGAUGAUGGCAUCAUUCAGUCGUCAUGGUCUGAAACCAUUGACCUACCAGCUAUCCCUCUGGCUGCAGCUGAGAGCUUUAUGUCAAGGGCCGAGGGUCUCCAGCUUCACUAUGACCUGGAGAUGUGUCAUCUCGGAGCGGGCACGGAUGUCAACGCACUGCGAUGCCAACGCAGAGACUGGCAGACACGCCUCAACACACAGAUACAAAACAUCGCUCUGGAACUCGUGGUGAACAGCUUCAGAGGCGUCCAGGACUUUCUAAACCACGAACACAGAGUUUUCAACAGCGAGGAGUUUCUAAGGACCCGGGAGCCAGCAGACCAGCUCUUUUACAAGAAGGUAUUAGACACUCAUAUAUUCCACUCGUUCCUGCGAGACAGGCUAAACAGGAAACGGGACGCCUUCAGCCGCAUGGAGCAGAACACGCGUAACCAUGCACACAGGAACGGUGCGAUGACGGCAUCUCCUCGGCGUGCUCUCAUGUCGGAUCUGUCCAGGAGGGGCUACAGCAGCUACGCCAGCCCUUGUGACAGACUGAGCCGGAAGCUGGGGGCCAGCCUGCCCAACCUGGAGCAACCUGCCAACGACAUCAGCCCCAACAGACCUGUCUCCCUCAGGAAGAUGUCACCGGAUGUUGGGUUGAAGAUUCCUCAGAAAGCGGUGAAGGUUUUCCGCCUCCCAGAGUUCCCCCCUCCUCUGGCCUAUCACUACGUCCAGAACUAUUAUUCUGACAUGGUGUCUUCGCUGGGGAAGGCGAUUGACACGACACCACCUGAAGAGUCUGCCCUGCUGGCCAGGUACCACUACCUGCGAGGUUUGGUAAACACGGUGGCCAACCGGCGUUUGGACGCACUGGAGGACUUCCAGAGCCUUCAUAAGACCGACUCGGACAUUUUCCCCUCUCAGAUGGUCAAGUCUCUGGUUGACUCUCUGCCAGAAGCUGAAAGGUCACAGGCGGACAAACGGCCAGAACUGAAGCGGCUCAUCACUCGGGUCAAGAGGGACCAGGAGCGGGAACAAGCGCGUGACAGCAACGGGCGCGAGGAAGAUGCCGUGAAGCGCUUCAAGCUGCCGAAAACGUAUAUGCAGCUGGAGGAGUUUGUGAAAUGUAUCCAGGAGUCUGGCAUUGUAAAAGACCAAGGAACCAUACAUAGACUCUUUGACGCUUUAACUGUUGGUCAUCAGAAGCAGGUGGGUCCAGAGUUGUUUAGAGUCUUCUACACCAUCUGGAAGGAGACUGAGGUGGAGGCGCAGGAGGUGUGCUUGCCAGCGUCCGUCUCAGAGCACAUUGAUCCCAGCGAGUGUGUCUUCAAGCUGUCCUCCUCAGUCAAGACGAGCCGCGGUGUGGGAAAGAUCGCCAUGACUCAGCGACGGCUCUUCCUGCUGACCGACGGACGACCUGGAUACGUGGAGGUGGCGCAGUACCGAGAUCUAGAGGAGGUGAAAGUGUCCUCGGCUCCCUUCCUGUUCCUGAGAAUCCCGAGCCUGAAGCUGCGUGUUCAGGGCAGGAAGGAGACGUUCGAGGCCAAUCUGAAAACAGAGACUGAGCUAUGGAACCUGAUGGUCAAAGAGAUGUGGGCCGGGCGCAACAUGGCUGACCAGCACAAGGACCCCCAGUUCAUGCAGCAGGCCCUGACUAACGCCUUGUUAAUGGACGCAGUAGUGGGCAGCCUUCAGAGCAGUAAGGCCAUCUACGCUGCUUCCAAGCUGGCUCACUUUGACCGCAUCAAGAUGGAAGUGCCCAUGAUGGUCCCCAAGACAACUGCAGAGACGCUGAAGCACAAAAUUAACCCCUCGCUGGAGCUCGCUGCUCCUCAGGCUGUCGAUGUGCUUCUGUACACACCAGGUCAGUUGUGGGUGUCUGUGAGCAUGGGGAAGGUGAUGGUGUUUGAUGCCUCCAGCUGGUCCCUCACACACACCUGCCACGUUGGAAAUGCAAGACUGAACUGCAUGCUGGGAGUUGAUAAGGACCAGGUCUGGAUGGGCUCUGAGGACUCUGUUAUCUACAUCAUCAGCAUGGUGGCCAUGGUCUGUAACAGACAGCUGACUGAACACCGGGCGGAGGUCACCGGACUGUCACUCGACACAGACAAAUACAGCCAGAAGGUGGCGUACUCCUGCAGUGCAGAGGGAAGCGUCAUGGUGUGGGACGUCGCAACACUCCAGCCGAAGAAACAGUUUCGCCUCUCCUGCGACCGCCUGCAGUCCAUCUCCAGCUGCAACGGGACGCUGUGGUGCUCUUCCAGGGACAGUAUAAUGGAGGUGUGGAGGAACGGUUCAUUGAAACAUCGUCUGACUUUACCGGAUCAGCAGAGAGGAGCCACGGCCACAUUCAGCUCCUUACUGCUGCUGCCUGAGAAGGAGGAGCUGUGGAGUGUUUGUGCUGACUCAGGAGAAGUGUGCAUUUGGCACAUUAAGGACACCACCAAACCGCAUCACCGCGUGGCGCUCCAGGACUGCGCCGGAUGUUCCUGCAUGAUCAAAGUUAAAAACCAGGUAUGGAUCGGCGGUGUUGGCCGCAGUUCCACCAAAGGCAAGAUCUACAUCCUGGACACAGAGCGCCACCAGGUCCUGAAGGAGCUCCACGGCCACAACGACAAGGUGACGGCGCUCUGCUCUGCGGAAGACCGGUACGUCCUCAGCGGAGCUGGCAAACACGACGGAAAGGUGGCCAUCUGGAAGGUGGAGUAGAGCCGCGUCUCUGGAAAUAGACUCGUUUUGAAGUUGCUUAAACUGCCGCGGGACUCCCUGUGAACUAACACGCUUUAGAGUCUGCAAGAAACGGAGGGAAGGUCUGUGACUGGAGAGCGGAUUGAACUCACGAGUCACCUCCACCUGCCUCUGCGUCUCGUUGACAUGAAGGACUCGCAUGGUGGCUGUAUGGGAAGCACCAGGUUUACAUGGAGUGUACGGACGGAGCAGCUGGAGGUGUUCUGAAGUUCAAAAACACUAACAGUACUAACAGUUAUCGGGAACAUGAAGGACAAAUGAAGACUGAAAAAGUUCUGCUGGUCAUUUUUGUUGUUUUUGUAUCAAACGUGCUUUUCUUUGAUGAAGGUUUGAAAAAAAAAAAAGUGUAUUAUCAUAUGAUCCCUUAUUUAAUGCUGCACCCUGUUUUAUAUUGAAUAUGAUCACACUUGUACCGUGUGGGAACAUUAUGUGACUGAUCCGACUGUGUUUGAGUUGAGUUUCCACAGCUCAAAGGAGCCAAACUACCCCGGAAACAAAACUCACAAGAUCGGUGAUUUCACCAUCAUGUGGGAAAGAACAUUUUUUUAAAUUUUGAUACAAGUUGUUCUUCAAUGGACGAUGUAUGGCGAAGGGGAACGGGAGAUAUGAUGAAACAUGAUACAUAGUUGGGAUCUGGACUCUGACAUGUGAUACUUAUGUUUCAUAGAGAGGAACGAGCGUAGUCCUGCAACAACUGGAAUCUGAUACAAACACACAAAACAAGGACCAAACAAACCAUCAGUGUUUUUCUCUCGCUAUAUUUCUUUAUCAAAUACUUACCUCAUUGUAAGACCAAUGUACAUGUAUUCAUAUGUUCUCUAUAUAUUUUUCUACACCUUUAGUUGUACCUGUGUUGCCAGAUAGUAGGAUUAGGGCACCAUGUUUCUACAGACUGAGAGGAGAUAUAUAUAUAUAUAUAUAUAUAUACAUAUAUAUUCUUUAAUUCUAAAGGCUAUGCAUUGCUUCUCAUAUGUGUUUUGUGUUCUGUAGACAUUUGUGAUAUAUGCAUUUUGUAAUUUUAUAUGGAUUUCUAACUCGUCAUUAUGUCAAUAACAUUAUUUGUCUUGUGAAACACAAUAGACUGAAGUUUUCAUUCACAUUCUUUUCUUCUCUCCAAUUAUUUUUUGGAUUCUUGAACAUUAGAUGUAGGCACACAUCGUCUUUUCUGACCUGUUUAAAAUUUGGUUUAACGGGACAAAAAACCCGAUGUGCACCUACUUCUUUACUUUAAUGAAAAAUGAGAUCAUUUGUGUUUGUGUCGCCUGAGGCUCAACUUGAAUGGAUGUAUUUAUACACUGUAUAUUACUGGUGAAUGUGAACAUCAAAUGCAUUCAUUUUGUAAACUAAACGGCUGACAAUGCAAAGAACGUAAUACUUUACAUGACACUUCUAUCUUCAAGAUUGUUAACACGCUUUUCUAAUAUUCAUUGAACCAAGUGCAUAUGGUUUACCUCGUCAAAAAUAAUAAAAGACGUAAUGCAACGGAUGAGGAAGUCUCUUGAGCAGACACAGCUUUACUUUAAGGACUACAAGUCGAGGUCUUGGGAGCUAUUGCUCCUAACAAUCCAACAAAGUCAUCUUAAAGUUGCAUUGCAUGCAUUUAUUACUGAACCCUUAACAGAACUUCAUGCUGCGUGCAAACGACAACGUAACUCCAUCCCUGUGUGUCUGCACUUCCCAGAGUUCACCAGAAGAGGGAGCUAUUUGAUACAAGUCUUCUGAUGGGGGUUGAUUGAAGUUCAAUUCCACAGAUCAGAACCCACAAUAUCAAAAUAACAGAUCUAUUUUAUUUCGCAAUCAAUCUGUACAUUUUUUUUAUUGGCUAAAAUACUAACCCCUAUGUUUAUGAAAUGAAAGAACAAAAUGACACAUCCUCAUUUGAUGAAGUGAAUAAAGGCUGUGGAUAUACAAACAAGUGUUUACUGAAAUGAAAAUGUAUUUUACUCAGCGGAGAGUGUGUAGAACAGUGAGUGUUGUAUUCAAAGAAAAAUCCGUUAUUCAGUCAAAUUAAUUCCUCACUCAACCGAAAGGUUCUGUUUUCAAUGUGUUUAUUAUGUUUUCCUUUCACAGUCCAGUACUCUUCCCAAAAACAGUGAAUUUAAAAAAUGGGCCUGUAAAUACCGUACUUUGGAAUGUGCCGUUCUGUGCAGUUUGUAUUGGUGUGGAAAGUGUAUGUGCAUGUGUGUGCUGCACAUUGUUGUGUUACAUAAUGCCAUAAGCAGCUGUUAAUCUCUCACUGUGCAGGUCCACUCAUACCUCGGCUGCAGUACGUCGCUCCCUGUGUCUCCUGCAGCGCUUAUUGACUUUGAUUUUAAUCCAUGAAUGUUUAGUUACGGGAAGCAGGAGCUAGAUUACAUUUUUUCUUAAAGAAACACAAUUGCUGUUUGUGCAGAAACAUGAAGUGUUGAAACAAUAGUUAGCUAAAGGCUACAAUGCCACGAAGAAAAACAGAUUUAAAUUGUAUUACCAUGAGCUAGUGCAGCAUGUUCUCUUUUAGUGAGACAAAAGGGGUUAGGGGUUAAUAAAUGAAAACACAAAAAUCAUAAAUGCAGUUUAUCACUCGAUACUUCCCCGUCUUCGACGAACAGAUAUUCUCUGGAUGUAAACUUUUAAUAAAGCCCCCUAAAAACCAA